CUUCUUAUUUCUCUCAAAGCCUGAGCAAACAUGGUACUCUUCUUUCUCAUUUUCUUCCUCUUCCUUUCUCUACCUAAUUCAUCUCUCUCUUCUUCUUCUUUUAAUUCAUCUACGCCUCUUUGCCUUUCCGACCAAAGCUCUGCUUUGCUCCAUUUCAGAAACUCUUUUUCUAUCGGUGUUUCUCGUUGUGACGAUUAUUAUUAUCCGAAGAAGAAUUCGUGGAAAAUGGGUACAGAUUGUUGUGGGUGGGAUGGGGUCACCUGUGAUACGAUGACUGGUCAUGUUAUUGGUGUCGACCUCAGUUGUAGUCGGCUUUAUGGUCCCAUCCAUCCCAAUAGCACCCUUUUCUCUCUUCGCCAUCUCCAGAGGCUCAACCUUGCUUACAACGAUUUCCAUGGCUCCACAAUUUCAUCUAAAUUUGGUGGCUUUGCAAACAUGAUGCAUCUCAACCUCACUGGCUACUCCGUGGCGGGCUCCUCCGUUUCUAUCCCCUACAUUACUGGCUUCUCCGUUCCUGGCUCCUCCUUUGCUGGUAAUGUCCCUUCCGAAAUCUCCCACUUAUCCAAACUGGUUUCACUUGAUCUCUCUUCGAAUAUUGACAUGAGAAUAGAAACGCCUAAUUUGAAAAGUCUUAUUCAAAACCUAACCCAUCUAACUGAACUUGUUUUAUAUGGGAUUGAUAUGUCUUCUGUUUCAACUAAUUGUCUCACGAAUUUGUCGUCUUCUUUAACAUCUCUUCGUCUUAGUCAUUGCCAAUUGAAAGGGAAAUUUCCAGAAAAUAUAUUCAACCUUCCAAACCUCCAGAUACUCCGUGUAGGUUACAACUACAAUCUCAUCGGUUCCCUUCCAACAUAUAACUGGAGUACUCCUCUCAAGUCCUUGUCUCUAUCUGAAACCGAAUUCCCAAUUGACUUACCUAAUUUAAUCAGCAAUCUCAAGUCCUUAAAACAGUUGUCUGUUGGUGGAUGCAAUUUCAUAGGUUCAUCGUAUCCAACAUUUCUUUCAAAUCUCACACAGAUAACUUAUUUGGGCCUUUCAUAUAGUAACUUUGGUGGUCAGUGUCCAUGGUCCCUCCUAAACAUUACAGGACUUACUUACUUGGAUCUCUCAUACAACAAUUUCAUAGGGCAACUGCCGGACUUCUCUUCAAAUAAUUCAUCUAAUAGUCAACUAGUCAACAAGAUUCCUUCCAAUCUAGAAUCUCUUUUAUUAUCUGGUAACUUAUUGAAUGGGACAAUACCAUCUUGGGUGUAUACAAUACCAUCUUUGCUUUACUUACAUCUUGAUCAUAACCAAUUCACUGGGCAUAUUGGUGAAUUCCAGCAUAACUCAUUAGUUUCUCUAAAUGUUUCCUUCAAUAAUUUUAGUGGCAAUGUGGAGUCAAAAAUAUUCUCAAAGCUCAAAAGUCUUCAAUCUCUUGAUAUGUCAAAUAAUCCUCACCUAUCACUACACUCCUUCACAUCUGCCACCAAAAUUUUGUCCAAAAUUCACUCAUUACAAUUGUCUUCUUCCAACAUAACCAAAAUUCCACAGUUUUUACGAACUGUAGAAUAUAUAGAAUACUUAGACCUUUCCAACAACCAUAUCAAAGGCAAUAUUCCAUCCUGGGUAAUGGAGGUGGGGAAGGAUUCAUUGUUUUACUUUUCACUCUCAAGGAAUAAUUUAACUGGACACAUCCCUUCCUUGAUUUGUAAUCUCAGUUCCCUCAAAUUCCUUGAUUUCUCUUAUAAUCACUUGAAUAACAUGAUUCCUCCAUGUUUGGGAAAGUUAAGUGAUAAUCUCAAUGACUUGAAUUUACAAAGGAACAAUCUUAAUGGCAUUGUCCCAACAACAUUUGCAAAGGGAUGUCAAUUGAGAAGUCUGAAACUCAAUGGCAACCAAUUGGAAGGGGCAUUGCCACAAUCAUUGGUCCAUUGUAGAAAGUUGGAAGUUCUGGAUUUUGGUAACAACAAGAUUAAUGGAACCUUUCCUUGUUGGUUGGAAAGUCUUUCAGAGUUGUGCGUUCUUGUCUUGCGAUCAAACAACUUUCAUGGUGCCAUAGGCAAUCCCAAGACCAAAUUCCCGUUCCCUAAUUUGCGAAUCAUAGACCUCUCUCACAACAAGUUCCAUGGUCUUUUGCCAACAAAAUUUUUCAUGUAUUUAAAAGCCAUGAUGAAUGUGAGUGCAGACAAAGGUGAAUUGAAAUAUAUGGGUGAUGAUUAUUAUCAAGAUUCUGUGACAGUGGUGAUGAAAGGGUUUUUCAUUGAAUUGGUAAAAAUCCAAAGUCUAUUCACAACCAUUGAUUUUUCCAACAAUAAUUUCGAAGGAGAAAUUCCAAAGGCAAUUGUAGAGCUUCGAUCAUUGAAGGGGCUUAAUUUUUCACACAAUAAUCUUUCAGGUCAUGUGCCUCCAUCGUUGGGAAAUUUAGCCAAUCUUGAAUGGCUAGAUCUCUCCUCAAACAAGCUCACAGGUGAAAUUCCUAUACAAUUGGCAGAUCUCACAAUGCUAGCAUUUUUAAACCUAUCAGAAAAUUAUCUUUUUGGACAUAUACCCCAAGGUAAACAAUUCAAUACCUUUAUGAAUGAUUCUUACUAUGGAAACCUUGGGUUAUGUGGAUUUCCAAUGACAAAAGCUUGUGGCAAUGAUGAGGGACAACAACCAUCGCCAUCAUCAACCAUUCAAGAAGAUGAUUUCGAAUUUGAAAAUGGGUUUCAUUGGAAAGUUGUAUUGUUGGGGUAUGGUUGUGGAUUCAUGUUUGGAUUGGGUUUGGGUUAUCUUGUGUUCUCAAGUGGAAAACCGAAAUGGCUGGUGAAUAUUGUUUAUGGAGGAAGACAUAACAAGUUACAAAGAUCCUAGAAGAAUGCUCAUGGAUGAACUCAUUGAAGAAGAAUUUAGUGGAUACAAAUACUGAUUCUAGGCUGGUGGCCCUUUCUAUCUCUCUAACAGGAUGGAGGGACAGCAUUCAUUCAUAGUUUAGAUCACUAGCCGACUCCAUGACUAGCGUUGUGGUGCUUCGAUCCUUUUUGAUGACAACAAUUGUAAUAAAAACCAUUUCAGACCUUGAGGGUUUCAAUAAAAUUGAUUUCAUCAAGGAGGAGCUUGAAAAGGCUUGUCCAAGGAUAGUUUCAUACGUUGAUAUUGUUUCUAUUGCCACAAGAGAUGGCAUUAUGCUGUAAAGAACAACUCUUGGAAAGUUUGAUGAUGUGCUUGGGCCCAGAUGCCACUGUUUGCCUUGGGUUUUGGGACAGCAGUUAGUUGACCACCUCAUUGCGCGUGCAGCAGCUGGAUGUUUGAUGUGAAACAAAGACAAAAGUUAUUAGUGCAAGUGUUCCAAAGUUGGUGUUGGAUUCUGUUUUUGAACAAAAGAAUGAGAUUGUGAUAGCCGUGGAAGAGGAACUUGAAAGGCUUGUGGCCCCUUUCUAUCCAGUGUUAACAGGCCGAGCAUUCAUUCAUACCUCAACAAAGCACUGGCUGAGAUUCCAUGACCGGAUGAUUAUAUUAUACAGACACUUCACCUUUUUGGCAUUAGAGGUUUUGAUGAAAGAGAAAUAGUCUAUCUUUUAGGUGCACACAAAAUUGGGAAGAUUGGUUGUGAGUUCAUACACAAACACCUUUAUGACUGCAAGGGUACUGGGCAGCCUGACCCAACCAUAGCUUCUGAUUUCCUCACUGACAUGAGAAUGAGGUGCCAAGACAGUAAUAGGACCACCACUCAGCCUUCUUCUUAACCCGUGUAAUCAUUGGAAAUGAGUGAGUCUGCAUGAAUUCACAGCCAGUCAUUAAAAAUGGGAGAAGACCCCUUUUUGCUGAUCAGCAGUAGCUGGCUAAUGAGAAGACCACAAGACUGGUAAGGGCCUAUGCUUCAGAUGACAGAUCAACCAACCGCAAGACUGGACUUUGCAUGGGCAAUGAUGAAGAUGCCAGUGCUUAAUGUUUUGGCUGGAUCUCAAAGGUCAGGUCCGACGCAACUACUCCUUGCCUUUUGUCAAUUCCUAAGUGACAAUCUUGACCAUAAUGAACUCUUGACAUCGUUAUGUUUUCAUAUAAGCUUCUCUUUAUGUUCAAUGUUUGAUUGUAGAUGCAGUGACUAUUAAACUUCUUGCCUAUGCUAAUUUGAGUCUAUAUAUAAAGGCAAUGGCUUAGCGUAGACAUUAGACACAAUGAUGAAAUAUGUUAUGGCUGUUGAGUUCUUUAGAAAUAUAGAAUUAAAAUGUUUGGAAUGUUACCAAAAGUUAACUAAUAUUUGGGGAGAUCAUAAUCUGUGCUGCAACAUCCAAAUUAAUUUAAUUGGGUAUCAGUGUUUCUAACGAGUUUUGGCUGAUUAUUCAUCAUCUGAAGGAGAUUUUAGUUCGUUCUUUUUGAGUUUGAACUUCAGAGAUAGGAAAGUCUACAAUUCUGUGUCAUGAAACAAAGAAAUUGAUUUGUCUAUAAUUUUCUUUAUUUCUUUAAUCACGAAGUAGAAUAUAAAAGUGACUCAUAGGCAUAGCUUUCAAUCAGAUGCCAUUAUGUUUUAUUGUCAUCAGUUAGUAUUCAAUUACACUUAUCAUGCCCGCACAUCCAAAGUCAUGCUUUAGCUGGGAGCCACUCAUGGAGAAGACAACAAUGGUACAAUCCAUGUUUAAGGCAUAAAAAAAAAAAAAAAAAAAAAAAAAAAAAAAAAAAAAAAAAAAAAAAAAAAACCUUUUAUGUUUAAGGUAUAGUCAUACCAAAGAGUAUAUAGGCUACUGCUAUGUAACCACCACAUUUUAAUGCUUUAUUUAUGUCGGACUUCAUUUAAUGACCUUGCUUUAUGCUCUAGUUUGAGAAGAAAUUUCUCUACCCCAUUGCAAUUCUAAAUACAUCUUGUGGUCAGUGUAUUUUUUUUUUUUUUUUUUUUUAAAGGGGCAACUUCACAGCUUAGUUGCAGCUUCAAAUAAUCAGGUUAUAUUCUAUUACAUAUUUCAGUUAUUAUUAUUAUUAUUACAUCCUUGUAAUAUUACCUUCCUUUUAUAGAUUAAAGAUCUUGUUGGUUGGAUUGAAUGAAGAGUGGUUAUUUAUUUAUUUAUUUACUAAAGAGCGGUGUUAAUUACCCUAGUGCUACCUAGGAUGCUUGGAGGAGUAGACUAAUUUCCUCUAUAUUUUCAAUUAGAUAAGAUUCUAAAGUUACAUAUUGAUUGUUGGGUAAGCUUAGAAACUUAAUGAAUUGAAUAUAUGUUCCUAGUGAUUUUUGCUGUAUUGGUUGCCACAAAUUGUUACAUACACCUUUACUAGUUGUUUCAAGAACUUCUUUGUUAUGGUUUUUCAGGUCUAAAAUUUCAAAAAAAGAAAAAAAAAAAAAAAGAAAUACUUUUCUUAUUCCAAAUUCUGUUAAACUCUUAGUAAUUCUUUUUGUUGGAGUGCUCUUAUGUACAGGCUGGUGGCCCUUUCUAUCUCUCUAACUUGAUGGAGGGAUAGCAUUCAUUCAUAAUUUAGAUCACUGGCUGACAUUCCAUGACCAGAUGAUGAUGAAAAAUUGGCUGUGGUGCUUUGGUCCUUUUUGAUGACAACAAUUGUAAUAAAAACCAUUUCAGACCUUGAGGGUUUUCAAUAAGAUUGAUUUCAUCAAGGAGGAGCUUGAAAAGGCUUGUCCAGGGGUAGUUUCAUGUGCUAAUAUUGUUUCUAUUGCCACAAGAGAUGGCAUUAUGCUGGCUAGACAACAUUCUUUCAUAUUUCAACAGGCAUCGAAUCUUAGGUGUCUUGGCCUCUUUGAUCAUCUGAGGGUGUACAAAAAAUUGGGAAGAUUGGCUAUGAAUUCAUACAGAAACACCUCUUUGACUUCAAGGGGACAGGGCAGCCAAACCCAACUAUAACUCUUGAUUUCCUCAAUGAGAAGAGAAUGAGGUGCCAAGACAGUAAUAGGACCACCACUCAGCCUUCUUUUUCAUCCAUGGCUUCAUUGGAAAUUAGUGAAUCUGCAGUGGAGGAUGUCAUAUUUGCAGGCUUUGUCAUCUUCAAUAUCAUCUGGGGUGAUGUUGAAGAUGUUAGGUCUUAAUGUUCUGACUAGAUCUCAAGGUCUAGUCCAACGAAACUGCUCCUUGGCCUUGGUUUGACUUACCUGCACAAACCAUCACCCCAAAGAUUCAGAAAGAUCUGCGUUUACUGAAGUUGAGAAGUGCCAUUGAUCUGAAGAGGCACUACAAGAAGGGUGAUUCAAAAUCCAAAACAUUGCCAAGUAUUUCCUGAUCGGGACGGUGAUAGAGUCAGCGUCAGACUUCUUCAUAGGUAGACUAACAAGGAAGGAGAGAAAAAGAACAAUUGCAACUGAGUUGUUAUCUGAUUGUAUCCUUGCUGAUUACAGGAAGCGCAAGGUUCAAGAGAUAGAAGAAAAGAAUCAACCAGGGGGGAAUGAGAAAUGGAAGAUAAAAGGUCAGUAGUCGCAGAAGCGUGCAAAGCAAAGAAGGCACUGAAAUAUCUUCACCAUUUUUUAUCAGAUAUUUCGACAUUUAUAGAGCACAUUGGAAAGAGUAUAGUAUCAAGAUCAACCCAGAGAAAUAUUUGAUAGACUAAGAUAAUUUUACCUAGUGACAUGAGAAACAGAAUCCACUGAACUGAUUUAUAAUUCAUAGUUAUAUUCACACGUGCUGUUUCUCUUUGAUGUUGGCUCCUUCCCAUAGUUUUCAUUAUAGAGUUGAUCAUUUUUGUUGUAACGUAUAAACGCAUGCUCCAGGAAAUAUUAUUUAUUGAUGGGAAUUUUGGUUAUUUA